CCCCUCAGAAUAGCUUCAGCUCUUCGCCUCUGAGUUUAGCCAGCUGUCAGUUUAUGCUGUUGCCUUAACAUUUAUGUUUUCGUUCAGCUUUUUCCUCUUUGAUAACUUGUAACAGAGGCUUCGUUUGACAGAAUGCCAAAAGGAGGCAAAAAGGGUGGCCACAAAGGUCGCAUGCGCACCUACACUAGCCCCGAGGAGAUAGAUGCCCAGAUGAAAGCAGAGAAGGAGAGGAAAAAGCAUGAACAGGAACAGGAAGGGGAAGAAGGAGCAUCUCCUAAAGACGCAGCAGAAGAGAAGCUCCCGGGGUCUGACUCAGAGGACAGUGAUGACGACGAUUCUCUGAGAAAGAAAACAGGAGUGGAGGGAUUGAUAGAAAUUGAGAACCCCAACAGAGUGGCUCAGAAGUCUAAGAAGGUGACACAGAUUGAGCUAGAUGAACCCCGACAGUUAUCAAGGAGAGAGAGAGAAGAGAUUGAGAAACAGAAAGCGAAGGAGCGGUACAUGAAGAUGCACCUGGCAGGGAAGACGGACCAGGCCAAAGCAGACCUCGCCCGCCUUGCCAUAAUCAGGAAACAAAGAGAGGAGGCAGCCAAAAAGAAAGAAGAAGAGAAAAAAGCAAAAGAGGCAGCGGCAGCGGCGGCCCGAGGAGUGAACUCCCUCUCUCUGAAAUGAUGCAAAGUCUUUAUCAGAGGCCUUCUCGCUCAUUCAUGGACUGGGGCAAUAUGCAUUUGACUAUUUUUAACGGAAGACCAGUGAAGAGUAUUUAAGGUGACUGUCACUACGAACAGUUGGGAAAUGAUUGACGAGGCAGACGUGGAGAGCGGUUGUGAAUAUUUGCCAUGGCGUGACGGCUUCGAACCCCUCCUGGGAGUAAAGCUACAAAAAAGAAUACAUUGAUCUUCACAUACACUUGGAAUGAUCCCCUCAAUGUUAAUCGCGGUAUGCUUAUUAUUGUACAAUUCCAACUUUGCGAAGUGAGCAAUGCCACUGUCUUCUUUUUUUUUUGAUCAUACAUUGUAUAUAACUGACUCAUUAAAACAAAUUUCAGAUUAAUUAUAUGAAACCAGUAAAA